AUGGCAAACCCUGCUGCCUACUUGCAGCUGCAACAGCUGCAUCCUACAAACCCACUAGCUGCGGCGAAUGCCGUUGAAUACCUGCAACAACAACAGUUCCAACAGUUCCUGCCAGCGCUCAGGCAACUAGCCGUGGCGAACCCUGCCGCCUACUUGCAACAGCAACAGCUGUUUCCAUUCAACCAACUGGCUGUGGCGAACGCCGCAGCAUACCUGCAACAGCAGCAGCCGCUUCCGUUUACCCAGUCGGCUGUUGCAACCGCUGCUGCCUACCACCAGCAACAGCAGCUGCUCCCAGUUAACCCAUUGGCACUGGCUAACCCAUUGGCUGCCGCCUUCCUGCAGCAGCAACAAUUGCUGCCAUUCAACCAGAUGUCUUUGAUGAACCCUGCCUUGUCGUGGCAGCAACCCAUCGUUGGUGGUGCCAUCUUCUAG